AAGCUGCGCUUUCGAGCUUUUUAUAUCGAACCGUUUAUCGAACGAAUAAGUCUUCUUCUCUCUCCUCGAGAAUUUUCGGAUUAUUUUUGGAUAUUUUGCGUUAUUCGAUACAGGGACGUCGCGACUUUUUUUCUCAUAUUAUGUGAUGUGAUUUAGUGAUUCUGAGGUGGUUCGGUUUUUUUUCCUUUAAAUGUACAUUAAUGAUGGUGGUGAACAAAUACACGAUGCCAGCCCAACCGAAUCUCAGUAUGAGAAGGAUGUUUCUCAACAGAAAGAUGGCGACCGAUUUUCCGAGUGACCACAAUUCAAGUGGAAACGAUCCGAAUAUGCUGACGAUAAAAACGACGAUUCCGCGGAGUACCGUGACCACGACCUCUCAGUUGCAAACUAACCAACAAACGAGCUCGACGACCACACGAGUAAAAUCCUCCAGCUCCUCCACAACCACCUCGACUCAAAGACUACAUUUGUCCUCGUCCUCCGAUUUAAAGGCCUCCAACGUAAAAUCCAACUUGGACGACUUCAAGAAUAACCUUAACGAUAUGAAGAGCAGUCUGUCCAAUUCCGUUUUGGACAUGAAGACCGUUGGUUUAUUAAGGAAUUCCCUUGAAAACUUGGUCGAUAACGAUGUCGAUGAGAACGAUCAGCAACCCCUAGUAACUUUUCCGGACGACAGUCGAGCACCUUCUGAAGUUGGUUCACCUCAGCCAAAUAAUGCCGUUGAAAGUUUGAAGUUCGAACAGAAAACCAUGAAUAAUUUUAAGAAAACUAAGGUGAUAAAGGACGGACUCACAGCUGAAAAGGAAAGUGCAAAAGUGGCAGAAUCAAAAAAACUCCAAACGGGCGAUCUCACUUACGAGGAAAGUAAAGCGGCUGCGGCAACGAAAGCCCGCAUGGAAAUCGAUGGGAUUUCGGCAGAAAAAAGUCAAAUUAAAGCCAAAGAAGCGCGUAGUCUAAAAGCAGGAGACUUAAGCCAACAGGAAACGAAAAACCUGGCGCACACCAACAUGAAGCUGACCAGCGACGGCUUUAGCAGCGAACAAUCGGCGACAGAAUCUCAGCAACAAUGUCAACGUAUUACCAGUAGAAGCAUCUACAAUCAAGAGCAAAGCAGUAGAUCCACAAGUCAUGCCACGUACUCCACUUCUGGCAAGGGGUUGCCUAGUAUUGCCAAGGAUUUUGUUGGGAUCAUAAGGGAUAAAACCCACGAAGAAGAAAUCUUAGCGACAACCUUCGACGAUCUCGAACAACUGUCCGCCAGCUCAGAUUACAUUGACGUAGAAAAAGCGAUUAACAAAUACACCGCUUACCUAGAUGCCUCGAUCAAAUACAUUCAAAGACCCGAUCACAUAAAUAAAGCACCUCAGAUCCUCAAUAAAAUCAAUGACGUCAUACGUAAAGCUUGGGCCGUACCGACCCACGGACACGAAUUAGGUUACAGCCUAUGUAACGCUUUAAGGAAGUGCGGAGGACUAUCGAUACUAAUGAACAACUGCACUCAAAACGAAGAGUUACAGUUCAGUAGUGCGAAACUAUUAGAGCAAUGCCUUACCACAGAAAAUAGAGCUCACGUGGUCGAGCAUGGAUUGGAUAAAGUCGUUAAAGUGGCAUGCGUUUGCACUAAACACACCAACUCCGUGGAACAUUCUCGCGUGGGCACAGGCAUAUUGGAGCAUUUGUUCAAACAUAGUGAGGAGACCUGUAGUGACGUAGUGAGACUGGGAGGCCUGGACGCCUUACUGUUCGAAUGUCGAAAAAGUGACGUGGAAACGUUGCGGCAUUGUGCCGGGGCCCUGGCUAAUCUCAGUUUGUACGGUGGAGCGGAAAACCAGGAAGCGAUGAUCAAACGCAAAGUCCCGAUGUGGUUGUUCCCGCUGGCCUUCCACAACGACGACAACAUUAAGUACUACGCCUGUUUGGCGAUCACGGUGCUGGUGGCCAACGCCGAGAUCGAAGCGGACGUGAUCCAAUCGGGAACCCUGGACCUGGUCGAACCUUUCGUCACCAGUCACAACCCCUCGGAAUUCGCAAAAUCGAAUCUGGCCCACGCUCACGGCCAAAGCAAGACUUGGCUAAAGCAUUUGGUGCCCGUAUUGAGUUCGAAACGAGAGGAGGCGAGGAACCUGGCCGCGUUCCAUUUCUGUAUGGAGGCAGGGAUCAAGAAACAGCAGGGAAACACGAACAUCUUCAGCGAAAUCGGUGCGGUGGAGGCCUUGAAGAAAGUGGCCAGUUGUCCGAACGCGGUCGCUUCGAAAUAUGCCGCGCAAGCGUUACGGUUAAUCGGUGAGGAGGUUCCACAUAAGUUGAGUCAGCAGGUUCCUCUGUGGUCCGUGGAGGACGUCGAGGAGUGGGUGAAACAGAUCGGGUUCUCUGAGGUGGCGCCUAGUUUUGCCGAGAGCAGAGUGGACGGGGAUCUGCUGUUGCAACUGACCGAUGAGAAUUUAAGGGACGAUAUUGGAUUGGUUAACGGAAUUAAGAGGAAGAGGUUUACACGUGAACUUCAAAAACUAAAACAAAUCACCGACUACACGUCGCGGGACUCGGCAAACAUAAACAACUUCCUCCAAUCUCUAGGUCCCGAAUUUUGCACUUACACCUACAGUCUCUUGAACGCCGGCGUUGAAACUAAAGAUGGUUUAAGGAACAUUUCCGAGGAUCAGUUGAUGAACGAGUGCAACAUAACCAACUCCAUCCACCGGUUCAGAAUUAUCGAGGGGAUCAGACAGUUGGAGAGCAGGAUCAGCAGCGAACUGAACGACGAGAGUCCCGAUAAAUCCCUGGACGUGUUCGUCAGCUAUCGAAGAUCAAACGGUUCGCAGCUGGCGAGUCUUCUGAAGGUUCAUUUGCAACUACGCGGUUUCAGUGUGUUUAUCGAUGUGGAGAGGUUGGAAGCGGGCAAAUUCGAUAAUAAUUUGUUGCAGAGCAUACAUAAGGCGAAACACUUUUUGCUAGUGUUGACCCCGAACGCUUUGGAGAGGUGCAAGAAGGAUGACGAGAAAAAAGACUGGGUGCAUAGAGAAAUUGUUGCCGCCUUAUCGGCUAAUUGCAACAUAAUCCCGAUCGUCGACAAUUUCCAAUUUCCUGAGCCGGACGAGUUGCCUGAAGAUAUGCGACAGGUUUGCCAUUUUAACGCUGUAAGAUGGAUACACGACUACCAGGAUGCCUGCGUGGAUAAACUGGAAAGAUUCAUGCGGGGCGAACUGAAUUCGCGUAGCAACGAGGGUAGUCUUAUCCGAGCGGGAUUGGGGAAGGGUGACAUCACCCCCGGGACUCCCUCGAACCCGAGCUUGGUCAGACAGCCUCCCAGUUAUCAGAGGAUGCACAGCAACGAUUCCGGAAGUGGUAAAGGGGGAUCGGACAAGGACACCAGUCGGGAUUGACUAGAUGGUCCCCAUGCCUCGGUACACGCACCUCCGACUCCCUUGCCCAGUUCCUAAUUGCAGGUACUUUAAGGCAACGAGUCCGACCCGGACCUGGCUAAUGAGCCCUAAAUCAAGCGGAGCCCUACCGGCCGGAUACCCCUUGUCAUUUUAUCAGCGCAGAGGCUCGACCAAUCCGAUUUCGUCUUUGGCGUUGAGCAACAGUGUGCCCCAACGCGUCCCCCCGCCCAACAGAUCUCGUAGCUUAGACGGCUUAUUGGACUCGGAUCAGCAACAACAGCCGAAAGUAGCCGAGGAGGUGAGCAACAAUCCGUCCGAAGCAGUCGACGAAAACUGCAACAAUGAUAAUUUAAGUAAAAGUAAAGCGCACAGCGUGGACGAUUUCUUGGACAGUUGCGACCUGGACAAGAGUUCGCUUAACAGUAAUAAUAGUGACGCGAAGAGGAAAAAGAAUUUUAUGGACCGGUGUGUUAAUAAAAUGCGAUCUUUUAUUAAGAAAUAACUUUAGCAAGUUGGUUUUCACAGUCAAAAGAAAUUGAGCCGCUUCAGGAUUCGAACUCUUUUUCAACAGUAUUUGCUUGAAAGUGCGUCAGAGCGUAAACCCAUGCGGACUCUGUCUCUAUUCGAACCUUGUUGCAGCCACCAUUUUUAUAUCGCUUUCUCUUUUUUGGGCUAUUUGUAAAAAAAAAAUACCAACUUGCAUAAUGAAUUGUUACAGUGAUAUUUAUUAAUUAAUUUUUCGUUGGCAACUAAAUUACUUAGUACAAAAAUUACUAUGUGUGCUUUUUAUACGAGCCUUAAAACUAUUAUAAUUGUUGUGCCUAAAAUGUAUACUUGUAGACAAAGUAUUUUCAUGAAUACUUUAUUUUUGAAAUUAUUAUUGAAUGUGUUUUAACAUAGAAUUUUAUAGAUUUUAAGGUUGAAAGUUUACCAAAGCUUGCUUUUCUGUUUUAGCAAGGGAAGUUUGUAUGGUAUUUUUUUUGUGUUGUCUCUUUUAUUAUAUUAUACCUACUGAUAUUUGUCAGGAUUAAUUUUAUACCGUUUUAUUUAGAUCCGUACUAAAGAGUAUUUUUAAAUUAAAAAAGUUAUUUUUUUGCAUCUUAUUGGGUUACUUUUGUUGUAAUCGUUUUUUGAUGCCGCGCUCUUAUAUAUUUUUAACACUAUUCAUUAUAUAUAUUUAAGUAAAUAGAAAUAAACCGUUUUUUCUAUUUUAUGUUAUAUUUAAAAAUAUAUUUUAUUAAAA